GCUUCUCUUUGUUUUGACUGAGAACAAAAGUAGUAGCCGAACUCCAACUGUCAUUGUGUGUCAGGAAAACUGCCUAAACAUGAAGAACAGAAGACACAGGGCUCAUUCUGGAGAGAAGGUGCUCCUGUGAUAGACUGCAGUCAUACGAGUGUUUGUGUAAUAUUGUGUGUCACGUCUAAUUCAAGCGUGUGUGUGUUUGUGUGUGUGUGUGGAUGAGACGAGACUUUCACGGAGCUGCUGCGCGUGUCUAGAGUGACAGAAGAGGGUUUCUUCACAACAUCAUGAGACUGUGAGCUCAGUGUGGAAUCAGUUAUGGCGGAAAUUGACAUCGACAAAUCUCACCUGCCCGGUGUUUAUGACGUGUGCCAGUGUUUCUCUGUGUUAGAGGACGGCGCUCUGGCUCACAGUCUUCAAGAGCAGGAAAUUGAGCAGUUUUACAGCUCCAACAUCCAGAAGAACCAGGCGGUGCAGAAUGAUGUUCGUUUGGCCCGGAGGCUGCAGGAGGAAGAGGAACAGCGAGCGGAUCUCCGCCGAGACAUUCGGCAGCUGGAGGAAGAGGACUGCAGAUAUGCACAGAUGAUUCAGGAAGAGCUCCAGAGGUGUGCCGAGGAGGCCAGGAGGCGAGAGGAAGAGGAUGAGGAAAUUGCUAAACAGCUACAGGAAGAAGAAGAAAUGGAGAUGAAACGGCAGAGGGCUGAUGCUGGUCACCAUGAAAACAGCUGUGUUUCUCCGCUAUGUGAAGGGUUGGGAAUCUGGGAGCAGGUGCUUCAGGACGCCGAGUUGGCCCGUAGACUUCAGGAGGAAGAGGACAUGUUGCCUCGCAGAGAUCAGUUUCCUCGCAGCUCUGGAUCAGAGGUGGACUUCAUUGCGGCUCAAGUAGCCCAAGAUGAGGAGAUCGCACACUACAUGCAGCGGCACCAGAGGAGAGUCAAAGACAGGCCACAAGACCUAGAGAUCCAGACGAGACCUGCUGAACCAAGAGAUGAAGGAAACACCUCAACCAGGAAGGCUCUUCAGAUGUUGCGAGAGAGGCUGAACUCAGACGGACUGCAUUCGCCAGUGGAAGAGGAAGACUACACCAUUGAAAACCAUCUAGCAAGCCCAUCAUGCACUACACUCCGAAACCAACACUUACACAACAUUGCAGAGGAACUGGACCCAACGUUCAAGGCUAGAAAGCGUGAGAGCCAAAUUUCCACCAGCCCCCCGUCAGCAGGUCUGUGCUUGGCCCCUCGUAACCCGCACAGUAUCUUUUAUGACUAUUUACCAGAACCCACCUUCAUACCACCAACUAAGCGGCAGAGCGACAAAGCAGGACGUCACAAAGCCAAAGACAAGAAAGAGAACUGUAAACAACAGUGAACAAAUGACUAAUUCAGUAGAGUCUCUCAGUUCUGUCUUUUGAGUGAAUAAACAAGUAUUAUAUAAUCAAUU